AUGACGGUAAUUUUAAAGGCUUUAACCGUUUUCCUAUUUGCUCUAACGCCGAUCGUAAUUGAGGCGACUGCUGCAUGGUGGUGAGUACUGAUCAACAUUAAAUAUUUGAAUUAUCAUGUUUUCUUUUGAACAGUUAUGUUUUAGAAUUGAACUGACGAUCUCAUUUCUACAUUGCUUGCAUGCCUUUCUACCAGUGUAAGAGAUGGGUUUCACUGUGGUGCUUAUUCUUCAGUUAUCACUAGUAAUUCUUAUAGUCUUGUAUUUGAGACGCAAGUAAAUUGAACUGGUAAGAUCUAAUUUGAUUUGCUUGUUACCUUAAGCCUCAACAUCACUGAAGCUAAUCACCAUCUGUAACGCUUUCUGAAAGCACCAACAAGAUUUCGAAUCGCUUGCUCAAUUCCCAACCAAAUCUUUCAUUUUUGCCAAUAGGGUUGCAGUGUCCUUAGUUGGAAGUUCCAUAGAGGAUAGACCACAUAGACCUGUGAAUAUUAUCAGCUCUGCCUUGUCAGAUAAACAAAAAACCAUCAUAAAAAACCACCGAUCGCCCGGCCUAAUUGAUACUAUUGCAAAUGCAGCACAAAAUGCAAUCACAGAAUGCCAGCGACAAUUCAAACAUCGGAGGUGGAACUGCCCUUCGACUAACCCGUAUAAUGUCUUUGGUCAGAUUUUAAAAAAAGGUGAGUAACAGAUUCAUAUCUUUAUAUAUUGUAUACAUUGUCUUCUAAAAAUGCUGCAUGGUAACGAUGGCUUUCAAUAUAACCGUCAUGGUGGUAUCUUCAGGAAUGAGCAAGAAAAUUCAACAACAUCUUUCAAUUCAAAGUUAUGUUCCUCUAAAUACAAAACUACCACAUACAAUGAAAAGACUAUAACCUUAUUUUCUUUAAUGCUUGGGUAACUGCAUGCCAGUUGACCACAAUCUCUGUUUAGCGAAACCCACUCGUACGACGGGUAUAGAUCGUAUUAUCGUUCGUCUAAAGAGGCUAUGUAGAUAAGAAUUAAUCCGUGUUUAUCAACCACUCAAAUUGACACUUAUCUUAAAGCGUUAUCAAGUAUAAUCUCAGUAGAUCUAUAAUUGAUUGCUCAACUAGGCUCAAAGCCAAAUCGCCAAUUUGCUCACGUAGCUAUAUGUCGACUGGUUCCGUCAACUUUCACUGAAUGCAAGUUCCUAGCGAAAGAAGUUGUCUUUAAAUAUAUGUAUGUUGCGAUAAACUAUUGACUUAUACAAAACUUAAGUAAAAAUUUGAAGUUCUGAGCUGAAAGGGCGUUAUACUUUAUCAAAGGUCCAUCAAAGGACAAGCUCUAAAUUAUGAUAUCAGGUCUGACAAAUUGGCUAGCGAAAAUAUACCGUUAAAUAUGCGCACUUUAACAUUUGUGAUUUGAAACUGAGAGUCAGUGAUUCCGACUGCCCAGACAUCCAACAGUUUGCAAUGUUUGAUAUUUACAAAAUAAGUAACUCUUGCAUCAAAAUGUUUAUGUAAAUCAAAGCUGCUUCGUUACAUUGAUAAACGCCCCACGAAACACACAACGUGCCAAUUUUGCCGUGUUGUUUGGGCAUCAGUAUUUGAUACUGUUGCGACGGUACUGUGCAAUAACAAACAAGAAAAUCCGUUGCGUAAGCCAAACUGGCUUAGUUCAUUAAAACAGCAUUUCGAGAGCGAUCAGGUUUGUUUGAAUUGCUUUAACCACAACACACCCAAUGUUUGAGUUUUAAAUUAGAUAUGGCAUUCGCGAAAUUCGCGACAAAGCAAUUCUGUCUAAAUAUAAAGUUAAGGACAAAUUAUACUGUACAUCAUUGUGAAUCAGCAAACGACGGGAUACGAAAUUAUCAUAGAUAGAUUGUUUUAUAAUUUUUCUUGAAUAGGUAUAUGAUUUGGAGCGAAGCAAUUAUCCCACACAUAUAUGUCUACGGUACAAGUAUAAAAUUAGCUAAGCCAAUUAGUGUGGAACUUUCGAUGUAUCUAAAAAAAGCAUGCAAAUCCCACGCACGUAGUCGGUGAAAUUAAGUAGGAAGAAAUGCUUUUCUUUCGUUAAAAUACUCAAGAAAGGUUGCUAAGAAUAUAUUUGUCUAAAUAAACUUACUUAACCGGGAGGAAAUACCGGACUUGCCCACCAUUACCUUUAUUCUUCAUUUUAUUUCAAUUGGAAUUGAUUUCUAUAAUCGAUUUGACUUGUGGAACACUGUUACUGACUUAUACCUGUAAUUAUAUAUGUAAGAAUAUCAAACGGUUGCAACACAAGACUGCAGACAGGAUCGAGUGCAAGCAAGAAAUAUCUUGUAUGCAACACAGUAUUUUCAUUUUUAUCCCUGACAAUAGUAUCCACUUCCUGCAUGCUUUAAUUCCACUUUAUAGUUAAUGUAUAGUUCCUGCGAGGAUAUAGCCGCGAGCUUUUAUAAACUCUUUUGGCGGUGCCAUCCGAAAUCGCCCAGCAAUUGUUGAAAAAUUGCAGCUUAACCGGCUUUUUGAAGAGCUAAUAGACCUGUAUCCUUUAAUGGCACUCAAUUAUAGAGCACUUUGUAGCCCGCAAUGUAUAAUUUGAUCGUUUGCUGGGUGGCCAUGCAUUAUGUUUUGCCUGAUAAAACUUUGCCGCGCGCGGUCUUCCUUCCUUACAGGAGUUGCGGGGAAUUAGGAAGAUAUUAGCAAUGCCUUUGUAUCAGUAUACAUAUUUAUCAAGAAUUAUUGCAUCCGUAUUGGAUUACUGCUUCCUUAAAAUCUAAAUAUACUUUUGCGGAUCCGUGACUAAAGCUUAUAAGUGAUGUUUAUAGAUGUUACCAAAUCUCUUGAAAAACGGAUAUGUUUCAGACAACUGUCGAUCGAAGACUUUUCCGGCAAAUAUACAUAGUUGAAUAUAGUGAAAAUCAUAGAUACGUUUAUCAAUGGCGUCUGCCGAUAAAUUCAUAAACUAUUGGACAAAAUACACUUCGUGCAUGUAAAAGUUCCACCCUGAAAUUGCACGAAAAAAAAUUUAAAGACAAAGAAAACGAAAUAUUGAAAUUUUGUGUCCUGUUGUUGUUGUUGUUCUCAAAUAUGAUUCUAAUGCUAAAGAUGGAACUUCUUCGAGUCUGUGUCGUUUUUUCAAUAUACAUGCAGCUAUAAAUGUACUUACAUGUAGAUAGAUUCCCUCAACAGUGUUUCAUAAUAUAACAUCGUGGUGAUUCUUCGGAACAUGCUAUUCUGUAAAUCAGAAACAUAACAGAAUAUGACCUUUAAAUAUAUUUUGCCCAAAUACUUUCGGUCUACAAACUGCUCAAACAGAACGAGAAGACAGAUCGUUAUACUGUAUUUGAAUAUAUAUAAUUUGGAUAUGCGGUCCACCUACUAGUACUAAAGGACUAAAUGAAUAAAGUGAUUUGUGGUUUCCUUGUUGUAGUUUAAAACUUUAAUGGAAAACACAUGUAGAAAAAAACAACUAUUUCGAGCAGUCUCUUCGUCAGAUUCAACUCAUGUUUUUAUCUUUAAAAUUUAUUUUGCUAUUCACGCACUUUUCCCGGCUUGGCUUCAAGUCUAGAAUUCUUUAAAUUCCAUGUCUAGUCGGUGUUUUCAUCUUAAACACUGCUGGUGCCUACGCGCUCGAUAAACUACACAAAUUAUAAACAAGGGAAGUGUAACGAAGCUUUGUUAAAAUUUGGCAAGCAGUCAUGGUGUAUUUUUCACCGCAACUAUCCGCUUUGAAUGACCUAGCUCGUGGCGAUUUCACUAACAGGAACUUGCGGGACUGUCUAACAUAAUGAUCAAUGAACGGCUUGUAUUCACGUAACAGAUAAGGAUAUGUUGAGGCAAAUUGAAACUAACUUUAUUUAUACUGGAUAGCUCUACCUGUUCUCCUCAAAGAUGCAGUAAGGACCAUUUCAUAUUGAUUUAUAGGCUGGAUAACUCUAUCAGUUGUAGGUUGUUCUCCCCAGAGAUCCAGUAAGGGUCAUCUCUUAUGGAUCCAGUGGCAGUGUUACUACAGGAUGAAACCUAAACUAACUUUAUUCAUACUGGAUAGCUCUAUCAGUUCUAAACUGUUCUUCCUAGAGGUCCAGUAAGGAUCAUCUCUUAUGGAUCCAGUGUUACUACAGGAUGAAACUGACCUAAACUAACUUUAUUUAUACUGGAUAGCUCUAUCAGUUCUAAACUGUUCUCCCUAGACAUACGGUAUAGUAAGGUAUUUUAGGCAAAUAACAGUGAAAUGUACUUUUUUGACAACUCAUGUACAAUAUUUUAUAACGAGAUUUUAAUUGUUUUUUCUAUCAUAUAGCUUGUCGUGAAACGGCAUUCGUCUACGCGAUUACAGCGGCAGCGGUCACCCACGAAAUAUCUCGGGCAUGCUCAAACCAUGAUCUCAUAAAAUCGUGUACUUGCGAAAAUCCGAAAGCAGGCGUGGUUACCAAGGCUGGAUGGCAGUGGGGAGGAUGCGGGGAUAAUAUUCGUUUUGCAGAUAAAUUUGCGAGGAAGUUCCUCAACUCUACUGAGAAACACAAAGAUUCCCGUGCUCGUAUCAACAUGCACAAUAAUGUAGCUGGUAUAAAGGUAAGAAAUAUUUUUGUACAAAAUUCGUGUAAGGGACCGUUCAUUGUUUAUACCAGGGGUUGGUACCGAAGAGAUAUGGGUUGGGUAAUCAAGUUUUUGACUAGCUCAUGGGUUGGGUAGAAAAAAUUAUGGCUGUCUGUCAGCUAUAAAAUCAAAUAAAAUUACCAUGCAUCGGAAAAUCUGAAGAAAAAUGUACAAUUAACAUUCUGUACCAAUAUAGACCAUCAAUGAUUGAGGAAGGACUAUAUCAUUGAUCAGCAGGAACGGGAUUGCUUUGGCACACUCAGUGAGUUUGAGUGUGAGUGAGCUUUUAAAAUUUAGGCAACUUGAUUUCUGUCACCAUAAUCUCGUGUGUUUAAUUACUAUGAAGUACAGUAACACAUGGGUUGGGUAAACAUUAUUUUGACCAUUGUUGAGUUUGGGUAAAUAAAACAUUUACACUGUUUUUCGCUUCUCUUCGGUACGAACCCCAGGUAUAAAUAAUGAACGGUCCCUAAUUUGUUUGUUUUGCUGUGGACAGGCUGUGUAACCUCCUGAAUCCCUCCCAGGACUUGAGCCCAUAAGCUAAUAACUUAAAUUCAAGAACAAAUUACUACAGGUUUCUAUAGGCACCAGAAGAGAUAAAUGAUUUACCGAGUCAAGCAUGCCAAAAUAUUUUCAUCGAAAAUACGUGAAUAAGAAAAAAUCUCCUCUAUGUACACUUGUCAAAAAUUCGCAUUAGUCAGUGUUGCAGGGAAUUGCUCUAUGUCCUGACAAUUUUCAUAGCCGACUCUCUUUAUGAAAUGAAUUCUAUACAGUUCGGAAACGCAGGCACUCCACAUUGAUCGGUGUUUAGGCGCGAGCAAGCGGGUAUCUGUUUUCAAAAGCAUAGUUUUACCGUGGGUGGUCCAUGUACGCGAUUGUGUUGGACAACUAGUGUUUACACUAAGUCCAGCCCGCACAAAUAUGCAACGUGAAUAGCGGACUAAUUUUGCGUCAAUGCAACUCAAAAGUUGACGGGCAAUUUUCGUGCUUCACUGCCAGAAAUUGCUUCAAACUUUAAUAAAUCUUUAGUUCUUUACAAUUGCUUCCUUUUCUUUGGCUUAAUUUAAAAUAUCCGCACAGGAAGGCCAUUAAGCUAUCUUAUCAGUCCGGAUUGUUCCGUGUUAAUACGACUUUGUUCGGCAGUUUUAUUUUCAUGGUAAUUUUAACCACAACAUGAAAGCCGCUGGUUGUUUAGGAUGCCGACAGCAUGUUCUGUUUUCUGUAUACUGUCUUAAAAAAAAUGGGGAAAUAUUUUAAUUAUUUUUUUAAAAAAACAACGGAUAGAUUACCCUCUAGAUCUCUAAAAAAUAGCUCCAUGUAUAUAGUAUACCCUCAUGGCUACAUAUAUAUAUGUGAUUAUCUCUUAAAAUAAAGUCCAUAUCCAAUUGAUCAUUCCCCAAAUAACCAAAAAUUUUGAACUCAACAAGUCUAGACAAAAAUUUCAUCACAGCUUGAAAGAGCAUCACAAAAUUAGUAAUAUUCCAAAGUUUCGUUGCAAAAUGUUGUAAAAUGCGGAUAAUAUAGCCUUGCGAAGUUUACAAUUUUCAGUCAUUUUAGAUUACAAACGGGAAAUGGUUACCACUUCUGUGCGCAAUACAAAAUGACUGAAAAACGGCAAACUUCGCAAGGCUAUAUUAUCCGCAUUUUACAACAUUUCGCAACGAAACUUUGGAAUAUUACUAAUUUUGUGAUGCUCUUUCAUGCUAUGAUGGAAUUUUGUCUAGACUUGUUGAGAUCAAAAUUUUGGUUAAUUGGGGAAUGGUCCAUUGAAUGUCAUAAAAAUAAUAUUCCACAGUCAAGCGACGAUUGUCAAGAACCACGAGUUGAGAAUAGGUCUAGCCUUUUCUUAUCUUAUAUUGAAAGAGGCCUCUGGUAGGAAUCCGACCUGCGAUUACGGUGUAACACUCUUCUCAGUUGGUUAGAACACUGCACCGGAAUCACAGGGCGGCAGGUUCAAUUCCUGCCAACUAGAGGACCUAUAGUUGCAUUUUUCGCAACUGUUCCUGGUUAGGUAUAGCCUGCGAACAGGCUCUCAAGCUGAAUUGAGAGCCUGCAUCGAUGACUAAUGAAUUUGAAUAUCUACCCCGUAACGUUCGUUUUUUCCAAAUAUGGAAUGUAUAUCCUUAUAUGGUGUUGUUGACAACUUUCGUGCAAACUAUAAAAUUUAGACCGUGCAAACUAAAUUUAGACCGUACAGUUUAUACUGUUUUUCGAAAUAUAAGAUAUUGAAGCAAAAGUUCAAAUGUUUUAAAUACUGUUUUCUCAAAACAGAACAUUUCGUGCUUUGAGAUAAGAUGGUCAAGACCAAUUUGAUCAGUUAAUGUGUUUUUUAUGCAUAGUGCUUCAGCAGUUGACAUAUAUAGAGCUCGGCGGAAACAUAUAAAUUAUAGCAUCUGACCAAUGAGAAUUUCGCGUCACGAUUUGAGACGCAGAUAUUCAAAUUCAUUAGUCAUCGAUGCAGGCUCUCAAUUCAGCUUGAGAGCCUGUUCGCAGGCUAGGCUAGGUAUAAAUAAAUGUAUGGAAAUUUACACUUGAAAUUUGCGUCUGCAAAAUCCUGAUCUUUUGAGAUAUCUUUUCCUAAUUGAUAAAUGAUAUAAUUGAGGACUGAUAAGGCCUGAUUGAUUAAAAGCAAGCCGUUGGCAUUCAUGCAUAGAGGAAUCAUUUUCCAAUUCUCGACUCUAUUUUCACCUCAGCCAAAUCUCACGACUAUCAGAGAUUAUCAAGAUAAUCCUCAUUCACUUAUUAAAGAAUAAAGUAUUUGUCAAUUUAUGUGCUAUCUUAUUCAGUGAUUAUAUCGCAAGUCUCAAUAGCCUUGAGCCUGUAUGGCACUAGUCUUCAAUUGCGGCUGCGCAUCCGCGAGUCAAUUAGUAUAAUAGGAAACACGUUCCCUGCACGAGCGAAUGUGUGUGGUGUUUAGCGGAUGCAUGUUCCUGUAAAACGCCUGCUUUGUUUUAAAAUGGAAAAUAUGUUUUAACAACCUUACUUUCUACAGUAAAACUGAACCUAUAAAGAAUGGAAGACUUUAUUUCGCUUCCAAUAAAGGUCCAUACAAUGUUCAUUCUAUGACCUUCUAUGGAUUUUCAAAAUUUUUUCCAGUGGCAUCCAAACACGAACUCUAAUUCUUACCCUAACCUUAACCUAACCCUACUCCAAGUUUGUUUCUAAACCAAUCUUGGAGAAAAAGAAUUUUGACGAAAUGUCAUUCUGAGGUCAGCGAAGACGAAGUAACUUCUUCCAGAAAGAAUGGCCCUUACUGAACAUUUAUAUAAGGAGAACAGUUUAGAAUAAAUAGAGCUAUCUUUGACUGGGGUUCCUCCUUAACAGGGCAGUUAAAUACAAAUUAACGUGGAUGACUAUAUUAUAAUUAUUAUAAUAAUUAUUUCAAUUGCAAAACGUCUCAUUACUCAAUGUUUUUUUUAUAAAAAAUGAAGAAUACAAAUAAAACGAAAGGCUGUCCAUAAAGAAUACUAGUAACCUCAAUACCAAGAGAAAUUUGAAAUUAUAAAAUACUUAUUAUUUUCAUCUUCCCUCUAACUUAUUGAAUUAGAUCAUACGAACUGCGUGAUAUCAAAUGCCAGCCAUCAUUAAGCAUAUUACAGUCACAGUACAUUCCUGAAAUUGAGCACUGCCUCUGAGCAAUUAGCGAGUCGUAAACAUUAAAGACAGAACCUUCUAGCACAUGUUGGUGCUAAUGAUUUCAAAAACGCUCGGCAAUUGUCUCGUUCUAUUAUGUUGCAUAAUUGAAGAAAUUCUUCACGGGUAUUUUGAACGUGUGAAUUACCACCAUUGAUGAAAUUUCCGCGAUGUAACAAACGUGGUUAGGAAGAAUUGUCGCGAUGCCUUGUUGUUGUUUUUUCGGCAAUUGCGUAAAGACGUUGGGAAGGAUCACGGCAUGUUUGUUUCGUUCCUCGGAUCUCAAAUUUUUUUUUCGACUUUUUCAUUGUAAAAACAACGGAAAAUUUGACCGUGCAUUGCACUAUUAUGUAUAUGUAAUAUGCAACAUUUCUCAAAUGACACAUCAGAAGUGCAUGACAUAACGAUUCCUUAACUGAUAUUCUCCCAUAAUGUAUGUGUGUUAAAAACUGAAAAUGUCCCCCUAACAACCCUAACCCUAAAUGAUAUCCUAAUUUUUUGGUAGUCUAUAAUCGAAGUCCAGGGCUUUUUCAAGAGGAAGGAACAGUCUAGCUAUAUUUAUUGUAAAUACAGUUCAAGUAAAGUUUAGAUUCCCUCUUCUAAUAACACUGGAUCAAUAACGGAUGACCUUACUAGAUUUCAGUUUACAGACAGUUUACAACUAGAGAGAACAGUUAACAGCUGGUACGGAGCUAUAGAGUAGAAAUAAAGUUUAAUAUAGGCAACCCAGAUUUUCAAACUUGAAUUUUUCGAAUCUCUAGGCUGUAAGGGCGAACAUGUUUCGCCAGUGCAAAUGUCACGGUCUCUCUCAACAGUGCACAGUUCGUACGUGCUGGAGAGCAGUACGAGAUUUCAAGGUUAUUGGCAAAGUCUUAAAAGAAAAAUUCGACAGCGCUUCGCAAGUGGAACUGGAACAAAACAACUCGGGAAGAAAAAUAACGUUCAGGCCUGUCAACAAGGACCACAAGCCACCGACAAAGGUCGAUCUUAUCUAUUACGAGGAAUCGCCAGAAUUUUGCACCAAGAAUUCCAAGGAGGGCUCGCUCGGAACUGUGGGACGGGAAUGUAACCGCACCUCAUUGGGCACUGACGGCUGUGAUCUGUUAUGCUGUGGUCGAGGUUAUCGUAGCGACAACAAGACAGUGGACCAGGCUUGCAAUUGUAAAUUCGUAUGGUGCUGUAAGGUGAAGUGCGAGCCUUGCAGAAUUACGAAGAAUGUUCACUUGUGCUUAUAAAACAAAAGGGAUACCUAGAAAAUAUCACGCGGGCGGGGCAAGGAUGAGUGGCGAGAGUCGGGCACAGUAACCCGAAAAGGUUGUACAUGACGAUUAGCAAGGCAAUAGUAGAUCAGUCAGCUCUCUCUCUCUAUAUAUAUAUCUGGAGCAUCAACUUCAGUCAUUCGGCUUAUGAGAAAAAUGAAGCCAAAAUGGCGACCAUUGACGUCCAAUAGCUCUGAAGCUCGUAAACAGUUUUAAUACCAUUUUCCCAGCUAAUUCCUAUCGCUAAUCAAGUUAUAAAUUUAUAAAAUCAUAGUAUUUUCUUUAAAUCGAAGUUAGAAUACGAAAUUUCGGCACACUCCUUGCAGACCGCGGACAAAAAUAGGAAGGAAGUGAAAAUUACGUCUAAUACGAUAUAAUCUUUGGCUUCAUUUUUUGGACUCGAGUUCUCACUCUAGAUAUAUAUAUAUAUAUAUAUAUAUAUAUAUAUAUAUAUAUAUAUAUAUAUAUAUAUAUAUAUAUAUAUAUAUAUAUACGGACAAAAAUAGGAAGGAAGUGAAAAUUACGUCUAAUACGAUAUAAUCUUUGGCUUCAUUUUUUGGACUCGAGUUCUCACUCUAGAUAUAUAUAUAUAUAUAUAUAUAUAUAUAUAUAUAUAUAUAUAUAUAUAUAUAUAUAUAUAUAUGAGUUCAGUGUAGUAGAUGCUUAGAGCUUAAAUUGUUGAGUAUCGGUGGCUUUCAGUAAGCGUUUCAAGCAACUGGAUGGUGGUGAACAUAAAAAACAUCGCCAAGGAUGAAUAUUAUUUUCUCACUCUGAUAACUGUAGGUUGAUCAUCAUCUGAGUUACGAUAAUGCUCAGUGAAACCCACCUUGUAGCAAAUAAGAAUUUAUUUAUGUAAUAAGUUAUUCAAUGUACACUAAAAAUACGAGGCCUGGCAUGAGAAAUUAACGCUAGCCUUUAUAUAAGAUGAAGUAUAUUGACACUGUUAUCCACUGACCUGUAUGACCGUAGGUAUAGAGAUUUUAUGUGGACAUGCGCACUGGAUACACUUCGCGUCAACUACUUGUUUUCCGGGGGUGUCUAUGUAGCAAUCGGAAUGCUAAGAGUCUGGGGGUAAUAAAAAAUAAUUUAUAAUAGUAAUUAAAAAUAGUCAGAAAUAGUUUUGCGACAUAGCAAAUAUGAGUUAAACUUUUUUUAUACUACUCGACGAAAUCAACACUUAUGGAUAAUUAGGUACAUGUACUACUAGAUACUUUUCUAUAUAAUCUAUAAUCUGUACAGCGUGUGUCAAUAGACAACAUAUAUUGUAUGUAUGUAAGAAGUGUAUUCUGUAAGGAAAUAAAUUGUAAAGACUUCAGUCUCUCUUGUCUUGAAAAAGGCAUUAAUGUGAUGAAUGUGAUGCAAGGCGUUGCGGUUGUUGUUGUUUGUUUGUUGUUGUUGCUUUUUAUGUUGUUGUCUGUUGUUGUUGUCGUUAUUGUUGUCUCUCUUGUCUUGAAAAAGGCAUUAAUGUGAUGAAUGUGAUGCAAGGCGUUGCGGUUGUUGUUGUUUGUUUGCUGUUGUUGCUUUUUAUGUUGUUGUCUGUUGUUGUUGUCGUUAUUGUGUGGUGUUGUUGUUUUUUGUUGUUGUUGUUUGUUUGUUGUUGUUUGUUGUUGUUGUUGUUGUUGUUGUUGUUGUUGUUGUUGUCGUUGUUGUUGUUGUUGUUGUUGUUGUUGUUGUUGUUGUUGUUGUUGUUGUUGUUGUUGUUGUUGUUGUUGUUGUUGUUGUUGUUGUUGUUGUUGUUGUUGUUGUUGUUGUUGUUGUUGCUGUUGUUGGUGUUGGUGUUGCUGUUGUUGGUGUUGUUGCUGUUGUUGUUGUCGUAGUUGCUGUUGCUGUCGUUUCUGUUGUUGCUGCUAUUGAUGAUAAGGUUUGUUUUUUCUUGGUAUUGUUGUUUCUUUAUUAAAGAUCUAUGCUUUUCUAUUUUCCAGUUGGUAUUUGAAGCUAGGAUAGCCAAUGGGGAUUAUUCAGAUAUAGCCCUGGACGAUCUAUUCUUCGACGACGGCAGUUGUGGCAAGUACCACGUUCUUACUAUAAAACUAGUGUUUAAUCUGUUAUUAAGGAAUUAAAGUUUUCGAUGGUUUUUCCCUAUUUAUAUACAUCGUUAACAGAAAUUAUUUUUUGUAUUAGAUUGUCAAAACAGCUAUAGAAAUUGCGAUAAGUGGGCUGAAAGAAAAGACUGUGUCGCAUCGUAUGAUUUUAUGAUGCAAAGUUGCAAAAAGUCUUGUGAUUUUUGCAGUAAGUAAAACCUAUUAUUAUAUAAACAUAAGUGUUACAAAAAGUUUUUGGCCACUGAUUUAAACACAGGUAAAAAAUACGAUAUUUUUACGUGUGAAAAUAUCAUUUGUUGUAAAACGCAUUGCCACGGACGUUUUAUUGUUUUUCACUGAAUUUUGUUUAUAUAAUAAACAGAAAAAUACAUGGGAGCUUGGAAAUACCAGAUUUAUUUCUCGUGUUCAACAUGAUAUCUCACUCGUGAUAUAUCAUGUUCAACACUCGAAAUAAAUCUGGUAUUUCCAAGCUCCCAUGUAUUAUUCUCUAUUUAUAGUAUCUCUGCACACACGCAAAAAUCUCACAUCUUGUAGCAAGUCUGCCAACAAGCCGUCAACAAGUUGUGUUCGCACUGCUUGUUCCAAGUUGUCAAUAAGUUUGAAACAAGCUGUUAACAACUUGUAACAACCUUGUUGAUAUCAUCAGACUUGUUGCAAAGUUGUUCCAACAAGUCCGAUACAGUCAUGAUAUAACAAUAUUGUUACAACCUUGUGUGGUCAACCUUGUAACAUUCUUGUUACAUCAGGACUGUAUCAGACUUGUUAGAACAACCUUGUAACAAGUCCGAUAAUAUCAUCAACUUGUUACAAGGUAUCCGUGUGGUAUCGGAAAUAUAAACCUUCAGCUCGAGUUGGUAUAUCCGAUACAACACGGCCGCUCAUGUUAACAUAUAUUCACAUUCGUCAAUGGAUCUAGCUAUUACCUAAUGAACAAAAUUUUGAUCUAGACAAUUCUAGACACAAACUUCAUCACAGCUUGAAAGAGCAUCACAAAAUUAGUAAUAUUCUGAAGUUUCGUUGCGAAAUGUUGUAAAAUGCGGAUAAUAUAGCCCUGCGAAGUUUGCCGCUUUUCAGUCAUUUUGUAUUACGCACGGGAAAUUGAUACCGCUUUCUGUAAAAAGGUAUCAAUUUCCCGUGCGUAAUACAAAAUGACUGUAAAACGGCAAACUUCGCAGGGCUAUAGUAUCCGCGUUUUACAACAUUUCGCAACGAAACGUUGGAGUACUACUAAAUUUGUGAUGCUUUUUCAAGCUGUGAUGAAAUAGGUGUCUAGAAUUGUUUAGAUCAAAAUUUUGUUCAUUAUAGGUAAUAGCUAGGCCCAUUACGUUUGUCCGUUUGUUAUUUUUAGCAUGCGUUGAUAAGCGUUCGGAUUGUAAACAAUGGGUUAAAACGGAAUGUGGAAGAAACUCUCAAUUUUACGACUGGAUGGAUGUGAUGUGUCCUGUUACAUGUCGAAGAUGUGGUUAGUGAUUCCCUUUACAACACUUGUAUUGUAUAUUUGUAUUUGAUUUAAAGUGGCACUCGCGUCAACAUUUUUAUUUUCUUAAACGAAGAUGCUCUUAAAACUGUAUAGUAACUUGUUUUGAAGAUUUUUGUUCCCAAGCUUAGUUCUUAAGAUCUUUUAUCUUGUUUGUAACCAUGUGACGUCAAUAACGCAAUUGCAUAUAUAAUGAGAUCUCAGUAAUUGUUGUGUAUCUUUGCUAUUUUUUAUCAAUAUUUUUCAAAGAUGCUGCUCGUUAAGUGUCAUUAAAAACCAAUUAACAAUAAAUAAUGGUAUAAAUUAAAUGGUAUAAUUGUUUUCCAUGUCUUUGUUUAGUUUUGGCUAUUUCAGAUAUAUUCAUUUUUUCUAAUCGUACCCGCUUUGACGUCGUUUCGGGUAGGAUUACAACUAAUUCUACCUGACAUGACGUAAAAGCGGGUAGGAUUAGAAAAAAUGAAUAUAAUGAGGUGUAUUAGUUAUUAAUUGCCCUGCGAGAACAAAGGGAAUACCCGCAAUCAUGAUAUUACUUUCUUAACUGUGUUAAUCCUAACCCACCCUGUCAACUUUCCCUGUGGGAGGAAACCGGAGCACUCGGAGAAAACACACGACUUUCGGCAGAGCAUUGACUGACUCUUUUCACAUGAGUCCGUAGCGAGAAUCGAAGCCACCAUCUCUGAGGUUCAAGGCGCUUGCUUUGACGAGGGUUGUUUCUAAGUUAACCAGAAAAACUCUAACGGGAGAGUUUCUAGAGUGUAUAUAAUUUCUUUAUUCAGUUUGCCACGAUGAGAAUCUUAAAUGUGCGGAGUGGAAAAAUAAUAACCAAUGUGAAGACUAUCCAGUUUACAUGAAGAAACACUGCAGAAGAUCUUGUGGUUUAUGCACAGUGCCGGUAAGCACUUGAUAUAUUCUACUAUACAUAUAUUUAAAAAACGCAUUAAUAAUUCAUGAGGAAAACAGAAAGAAAAAUUAUAAGUGUGUCGUAUCUUUAUAUGUGAUUCCCCUUGAUUCACAUAAGCCAAUGAACAAAAAAUUACUAAGAAAGAUCGAUCGUUUUGAAGCAAUUUAAAACAUUCGCAGUGCGUGUUUUAUCAGACCUAAAGAUGCUCGGCUUCGCCUCGUAUCUUUACAUCAGACAACACUGCUGCUCAUGCAUGUUAAAUAGUGCAUACAUACAGAAACCAAGGCAGCUCAUGUCAUCAAGCCUGAUAAAAUAUAAAUUAAUAUCAAUUUCAUUAUUAACUAAAGUUUCCACACUUAGUUUAUAUUCCAUUAUUUUUUAUGCUACAGGAAAGGCUUGGAUAACAAUUAAUAACCCAGAUUUAUAAAUCAUAUUGAAAUGGACAAAAUAAAUCCUCGGUUGUUCCAUAGAUAUCUUAUAUACACUAGAUAGCGCAUCUCUUUUAGUAAAAUUGAAGCCAAGAAUAUUCCAGCGGUUACCCCCAUUUAAAUAGAUGGCGGCCAUAUUGGAGUUUCCCACUCGCUAAUAAACGCUUAAAAAACAACAAUAACUUUCAUCAUUUGAAUGGUUUGAAAAUGUAUUUGGAAUAGGUUUAACUUAAUGUUUAAGUUGUUUAAGAAAUAGAAAACUUACGAGUCUUCUCAUUUCGUGGGAAUAUCUUGAGUCUGCAAUCACGGCUUCAAUUUUUGAAUUGCAGAAUAAUUAGAUGCACUAUCUGACUUUUUCUAGUGUAUAUAUAAAGAUAUCUAUGGGUUGUUCCCGCAAUUUUUGUAAAAUAGAUAUACGUAAAAUCAUAUAUAUUAAACUAUACUAAUAAAGUGGAUAAAAUUCAUGAUUGCUUUUAACUAAGUAAAAUACUUAUAAAAUUAUUUAAAUUUGUUAAAAACUUUCAUUUUAGUUUCUCUUAUUUAACUUAACUACUUGUUGUAUUUAAUUCACAAUCUUGUAUUAAAAUAAAGACGAAUUAAGCAAUUAAAAUGACUACAAUGUGAAAAAACUCGCUCAAAAACCCGUUUCCAAACUCAUUUUCCUUACGAUUGCAUGUGUACCUGUUGAUUUACUAUGAAUAUACUGAUGAUAAGAUGAGUCACCAAAAUGUAAAUUAUUUCAAGAUAAAAUCGGAAAAGUUAUAAUAUUAUACAGUAGUUUAACUCAUUAUUAUUUAAAUUUAAAUUCAAAGCAAAACAAAUGGCGCGACAAUUAUUGACCGAGCCCACGAUGCAAUUCCGUGAAAGGUCAGCGGUUUUCUCGUCAGCACUUCGUUUAAGGUAUAAAUUAAAACAGUUUUUGUAUAAAUAGUAUAAAUAGUAUAAAUUAAAACAGUUAUACAUAUUGUAUGGUUCGAAACAGGCUAACUUUAUACUGGAUAUCUCAAUAUCGCUUAUUGAUGCAGUAUUACUACAGGGGAAAUUUAAAAUAAUUUACUUAGUAUGGGAAAAUACUCUAAAUUGGCAAGUUUUGACAAUCAGGGGUCAAAUUUUCACUACCUGUGUAAAAUUGCUUGUAAAAUCGACUAGAAAACUACGGAUAUGGGCCUCACAAUUAAUAAAAAGAAACUUUAAUAUACAAAUACUGAAGUUUAAUCUGUUUGUUGUUUUUUUUACUUAAAAAAACACCAUCCGGUUAGAUAGCGCUAUCCGGCCCUGAUACAACCGGCCCCAUAGCGUUUUUCAAUAAAAAUCCUAAAAAGUUUUUAAUCUUAAAUUGAACGCCAUUUCUUCCAUAUUUCAUAUUACAAGGUGGAACGUUGCACUUUUACUAACAUCGACGUGCUUUUUUCAUUUUGAAACAGCACUCGUCCCAAGCGAAAUGAGCUCACGUGACCAAUUGGUGCAAAAGGCCCAUUGUGUAUUUAAGAGUUUUACUUUUAGCUUUUCUUCAAUAUCUAUCUGCUACACACGUAAAAACGCACAAGUUGUUACAGGUCUGGAAACAAGUUGUUACAAAUCUGUUCACAAGCUGUCGACAAGUUGUGUUCGCACUGCUUGUUCCCAGUUGUUGUAACAAGUUUGGAACAAGCUGUUAACAACUUGUAACGAGCUUGACGGCAUUAUCAGACUUGUUACAAGGUUGCUCUGACAAGUCUGAUACAGUCAUGAUAUAACAAGAUUGUUACAUAAUUAUAACAAGAUUGGUUGACGACACAAGGCUGCAACAAUAUUGUUAUAUCAUGACUGUAUCGGAGUUGUUGGAACAACUUUGCAACAAGUCUGAUAAUAUCAACAAGGUUGUUACAAGUUGUUAACAGCUUGUUCCAAACUUGUUGACAACUUGUUGACGCCUAGUUGGCAGACUUGCUACAAGACAUGAGAUUUUCGUGAGAGAGAAUUUGGUUAUUAGUGGCCUUUAUCACAGAGUAUAAAUACCAUACAAGGGUCUCACUUCUAUUCUUAUUAAUUUCAGCGCAAGGAAUUUUUCCAGUCCGCCAUGUUCUUAACAAGUGCCCUAAAAAGAGGCUGUCACCCCCCUGAAAACAUAUUGAAAUUUAAUGCUUCAGGGGGGUGAAUGCCUCUCUUUUGGGCUCUUGCUAAGAGCAUGGCCGCCAGAUAUGCGCAGUAAAAACCAUGGAACUGUAAAUAAACUGGAAGGCUAACUGCUAUGACGAAGGCUUAUAAUUUGAUGAGGCAAAAAUAGUUUUGAGCAGAAAUACUUGACCCCAAACGUUGGGCUACAUAUCAAAUUGAAGCUAUUGAAAAUUGCUAUUCGUUGUGGAAAUUUCAAGACUUCAGCGAAAAGAAAAAUAUUUUAAAAAUACAAAAACAACUGCAAAAUGGCAAGUUAUCAGCAAUUGUUUUUGUAGUUUUUCAAUAUUUCCCUUUUAGCUAAAGUCAUGAAAUUUCUACACCAAAUAGCGUUUUGCAAUAGCUUCAAUUUGAUAUAUAGCCCUACGUUCAGUGUUGAGUAUUUCUGCUCAUAACUCAGAAAAACUAAAAUGCACCGGCUUCAAUUCCCCCCGAGUUAGCCUUCCAGUUUAUUUACAUUUCAAUGGUAAAAGCUAGCUUUUUCUUACGAAGUGAGACUCCUCUGCAUGGUUAGUACAGUGUACCUCUAUUCCGGCUUCUGAAAUUUGCCAGUGAAUAAUUAAUGAUUGAACUAUCUCGUGUUUAAAACGAUCUAAAACUCAUUAGAAGAGCUGUAUAUCUAUCAAUUCACGUAGAAGAAGAUACUUAAUGAAGAUGGUAUAACUAAUUUAAACACAUAAAGAUUUCCUUUUAAAACGUAGGGUCAAGGAUAAGCGUAUGUAAUUCAGAUACUAAAUGCAACAAACCACGACAGCUUAAAUAAACCUGCCGCCAACCUUGGAAGUUCUAAAAACGUGAGAUCUUUAUCCCCCCCCUUCCCCCAAAAAAAAAAAGCUGACACAAGCCCAAUAAAAUCAGAGAGCUUUUUCAUGUCCCUAACCUAAUGCAAAUAAGCUCAAAACAAUGAGUCUGUGUAAUAUUCAUUAGAUUUGGUGCAAGGUUAAUUAAACAAGGUGUUAGAGCGAGAUAAUUUAUCCCGAGACUUUGUUUCAAGUUAUAGAAGAAAAGCUUUGCAGCCCUAGGAUUAAAAACACCAUGAUUCUUUUAAUAAAGAUAACAAGUGUAUAAGCAGUUAUAAAAUUUUAAUAUCUUGCAAUCUCCGACUUUAAAGGGCAUAUGACUCGAAAAUUGACGGUGUUAUUUUUAGUCUAAUUUGAAAGAUCAUUGAAGACUGUUGAGUAACUUCUUCGACAGAUUUCCGUUUUCUUGCUUCGUUUUGGAUAUAAUUCAUUUUGUAUGAUAUUUCAUUUUGUAUGAUAAUCAAAGGACCAACUUUCUACGAUUGUGUUUAGUGAUAGUUGUAUUAAAGAUGCACAACUUUUAUGGCUAAAUCAUUAUGCAUGCGUGACGUAGGAAGUUGAUCCUUUGCAUAUAUUAUACAAAAAUCUAUCAAAGAAGUAAUUCUACAGUUUUGAAUGAUCUUUCACAUUAGACAAAAGUAACACCGUCAUUUUUCAAGUCAUACGUCUUUUAAAAAUCGUGUGAAAUGGACAGUACAUCGUGGGAACUUAAGACUUAAUGAAAUCUUGUAUCACGAUAAAACCGUAAGAGUUGGCGGAUCUGGCUUGAACUUCAUUCUUCAUCAAAAUUUGUACAAAUUUGGAAGUAUUUUUAGAACAAACAAGUUUUCUACGGUCCACAGGCGUUCCUUGUCGUAACCUGUUAAUUAUAGCUGGACUCCUCUUGUCACGUUACGAAACACCCUAUGAAAAACCCUUUUAUUAUAAACCCAUGGCUAUGUUGCCAGGGAUAUUAAAGAAAAUUGAAAAUGGAAUUACCUAAGACAAAAUCAGUUAUUGCCAACGAUAUAUUGUUCGUCGUUUUAGUUUGUAGUCUAAUUCUUUUUGUCAACAGCAACUCGGUGAAAUUUGA